UUUCUGACUCUCACAAUGAACAAAUUUCUUAAUGAUAUGGAAACAGAGAAGCCCAUCAGAUUUACUUCUCAACAACUUCAGAUUGCAACUGAUAACUUCACCAACUUGCUGGGUUCAGGAGGGUUUGGUGCAGUUUAUAAAGGAAUAUUUAGUAAUGGAACCUCUGUGGCAGUGAAGGUUCUAAAUGGUACCUCGGAGGGAAUUGAAGAACAAUUCAUGGCGGAAGUUAGUACCCUUGGCAGGAUUCAUCAUAUCAACCUGGUUCGUCUUCAUGGUUUCUGCUUUGAGAGACACCUCAGAGCACUUGUUUAUGAGUAUAUGCCAAAUGGUUCGCUUGACAAGUUUCUUUUCCAUGGAAACAAGAUUUUAGGAUUCGAAAAGCUUCAUGAAAUUGCAGUUGGGACAGCUAGAGGGAUUGCUUACUUGCACGAAGAAUGCCAGCAGCGGAUAGUCCACUACGAUAUAAAACCUGAAAAUAUUCUUUUGGAUGUUAACUUCUUUCCUAAAGUAGCUGAUUUUGGUUUGGCGAAGCUGUCCAACAGAGACAAGACUCAUAUAACAAUGACAGGGUGGAGGGGAACUCGUGGUUAUGCUGCACCAGAAGUUUGCCUGCGGUGUCCUAUAACUCACAAGUGUGAUGUGUACAGCUUUGGAAUGCUAUUAUUUGAGAUCAUAGGUAGAAGGAGGAACCUAGACCUGAAUCUGCCGGAGAGUCAAGACUGGUUUCCAAUGUGGGGAUGGAAGAAGUUUGAAGCUGGUGAACUAGAAGAACUAAUGGUAGUAUGUGGUAUAGAUGAAAAAGAUAAAGAGGCAGCAGUGAGAAUGGUAAAAGUAGCUAUAUGGUGUGUUCAGUAUAGCUCUGAGUUGAGGCCUUUGAUGAGUGUAGUGGUGAAAAUGCUGGAAGGAGCACUUGAAAUUCCUAAUCCUUCAAUUAACCCAUUUCAGUACUUGAUGCCAGGUACUCCAAUCGUGGCUGCAUUUCCCGCAUAUAGCACUAGUGCAUUCGACACUGAUUCCUCUCAAAAGAUAACUGGACAUAGCUUCUUGCGUGGUACUCCUAUCAUGAGGAGAUACGAAAUUGAAAUAGCAUCUAGUAUGCUGAAGUAA